AUGAGCGUGGAAACCAAAGAGCGAAAAUCAGGCCGAAAAGCCAAACUCGACCAGAAAGCCGCGAAGAAGGCGGAGCAAUCCGGCGCGUGGUCAGCAUCCACAGUCAGCAAGCACGAGCUCUACCAACUCUCUGUUCAGAAUGUCGAAGCAGAGAUCGAUUUCAUUGAUGAAGAGUUUGAAAAGAUCCGUGGCCGCAAAGCCAAGUCCCUCAGAGAAGAUUUCUGUGGCACGGGAAACACCUCCACCGAGUGGAUCAAGCGCAGAGACGAUAACACCGCGAUCGGUCUCGAUAUCGACCAACCCACACUCGAUUGGGGCGCUGAGCACCACCUCGCGGGACUCACUGAUGACCAGCGUUCACGCGUUCAUCUGCUCAACCGCAACGUCCUGGAACCAGCAGACGCGACAGGCAUCGACUGUGUACUCGCGAUGAACUUCUCAUACUGGCUAUUUAAGACUCGCGACGAACUCCGCAACUAUUUCAAAACCGUUCGCGAGUCGCUGGGCGACGACGGCGUGUUCUUCCUCGAUCACUACGGCGGUUCGGAAACGAUGACCGAAACCAAGGAAGAGAAAGACAUUGACGAGGGUCCUGGGAAGCGAUUCACUUAUGUUUGGGAACAAGCGUCAUACAACCCAAUCACCGGCGACAUGAAGUGCCAUAUCCACUUCAAGUUCCCUGACAAGACCAAGAUCAAGAACGCGUUUACUUACAACUGGCGCCUCUGGACAAUGGUCGAGCUUCGCGAGCUGCUUUCUGAGGCAGGAUUCGCAAAUGUUGUCGUCUACUGGGAAGGCGAAGACGAAGACGGGGACGGCAACGGCGUGCUUGAUAUCCCGGAAGAACUUCAGCGACUCCAAGAGGCCGUCGCUUCUGGAUUCGAACGCGUCGAAGAGGUCUUCGCAACUCAACUCGUCUCAGAUCUCGCUCCUGUCGAUCAGAUGUGCGAGCAUGUUGAGCGAUAUCGCGGCAAGAUGCUCCGUCCGAUGCUUGUUCUGCUCUGCGGAGCCGCUUCUCGAUCAGAUCUUGAUCCCAUGCUGCGGAGCGACUCACUCGAUUCGAUGAUCAGUGAUGCCCACAUCACUUGCAGCGCCGUCUGCGAGAUGGUCCACAUGGCGACCCUCGUUCACGACGACGUGCUCGACGAAGCGGAAAUCCGCAGACGCGGAAAGACCAUCAACGCGAUGAAGGGGAACGAGACUUCCGUCAUUCUCGGAGACUACCUCAUCGCGAGUGCGUACGAACUCUGCUCUUCACUCGACUCCCCAAUCCCAAGCCGCAUCGUGGGGGAAGCUUCCGCGAUCAUGUGUACCGGCGAACUGCUCCAACUCCACAAUCGAAAUAACUUCGAGCUCGAUGAGAAAACCUACUUCCAGAUUCUUGAACGCAAAACCGCGGCAUUGAUCGGCGCCUCCUGCGAACUCGGCGCGCUGUGCACACUCGGAUUUGAUCAGCAAAAAAAUCCAAUCACGCAAGCGCUCAAAGGCUUCGGCAGCGAUCUCGGCGUCGCCUUCCAGAUACAGGAUGAUGUGCUCGAUCUCACGGGAACUCUCGAAACGGUCGGCAAAUCUGUUGGACGCGACUUGGAUAAAGGGAAACUCACCUUUCCGAUCAUCCACCACCUCGCAAACGCCUCCGACGAGAUUCGCAAUGAAUCACUCGGACUGAUUCAAAAUGCAGCUCAAGGCGAUCAAUCCGGUCUGCCGAAACUGAUUGAGUUGCUGAGUGAAACCAGCUCAAUUGCCGCAACACAGCAGAUGGCACAAUCCUAUGUGGAUCGCGCCAAAGCACGACUGAAUCAGAUCCCAGAGGGACCUGGUCGACCGAUGCUGGAACUGAUCGCAGACGCGGUCAUCAAUCGCACCCAUUGA